CUAUGUGUGAUAAAAGAUUUUGCGUAGUUAUUUCAAGAUGGUGGAAAACAGAUGGUAUCUAGCGUACUGGAGGCUAAGCUGAUGGGGUUUCGUAAAUGUGUCAUCCUCGUCAGUUCUCAAACAGUUAACAUAACUUCUCUGAUCGUCCAUUGCCAGUUGUUGGACCAAGUUAUUGUAGAUCCUCUUCAAGUCACUACAGGCCAUCCACGGUCUUACCCACAGUCGCUUCUAUUUCGUUGUUAAAGCCACUACAAUGGCUGCCAAAGUAAAACUAGCUA